AUUACUCCAGUUGCUUGGAGAUCACAAACAGCCAGGCCUCGAGAUGUGUGGCUGCAGAGCAAGUGUUCCAAGUAUGAAGCAGUACUCGGUCAGUCAGCCAGCUCCUGCUUCCACCAAAAAAGGCCCUCCAGCUGCUGAAGGCGUGCCCAAGGGCAUACCCAUAGCCAAGCAGCUGGCAUCAGUAAAAGCUCUAAGAAAAGGCUCAGACCUUGAAAAGGCUUUUGCUACAGCAGCUUUGGUGUAUAACAACUAUGCUGACCCCGAGAACAAGCUCAGCAAAGCUGAAACCAAGAGCUUACUGCAAUCCCAGUUUUGGCAUUUCAUACAGGGCCAAGAAAACAAACCAAAAUACCAGGAAAUAAUUUCUUCCUUGGAUGAGGAGUCGGAGAACAAAAUCAAUUUUGAAGAUUUCAUGAUCUUGUUAGUCAGUCUCACUCUAAUGUCUGACCUGCUGCAGGAGAUCAAAAAUGUGAAAACCACAAAAUGAUCUGUGGUUUUAAAGAAGAAAUGGCUUGGCAGCAUAUGAGGAAAGCAUGAGUGAGCUACACAGAGAUACCACUGUGUGCCUGGAUACCCUGUGCUGGUCCCUUUUAAAUUGAAUAAAGUU